AUGAGUCUUUUUGGUCAAAGGUUUUUAAACUUAUUUCGUCUACUGCCUACUUUGAGAAUCAAUUAUUUUCUAGCGCCUCCCGAAAUUGUUCAAGAUGCCCUCUCGGAAGUGGGAGGGAGUUUCUGCGAUUGGAAAUUGAAAAGUGGAGGGGUCGUGGCGCCGUCUGCUGGAUCAGCGCCCUUUGCGUCUGAUAACAAGUGCCCUUUUGUCAAUUUCAAUGAGCGGGAUAAGUUCAAACCUCUCUUGUUCUUGUUCAUCUUCCAUGAUAGCACAGGAGAAUUUUUAGAUAAUGCAGAUGUGGUGUGA